UCCGCCUCCUCCCUCCCCCCCCUCCAUCCCUCCCUCCUCCUCUAACUCCCUCCCUUCGCUGCCCCUCCGCGAUGAGACACGGGCCAAGUCGGAGCGCGCCAGCCAGCAGCGGGCUCUGCCAGGGGCACACGGAUCGCUUCCAUGUCGCAGGGUGACUGGUAGCCCUGCAGAGGCUCCCCCGGCCGGGCCGGGGCUGGGAGCCGGGAGGCAGCUGCCCCGUUGCCGGGGUGCCCCGGCGCGUCCCGCGGGAUGCUGGCGGCGGGGGAUGCGGAGCCGGCCGCGGAAUAACAUGGGGGGCGGCCACUCCCACAGGGCGCCCGUCUUCGACGAGAACGAGGACGUUAACUUCGAUCACUUUCAAAUACUGCGGGCUAUUGGGAAAGGGAGUUUUGGAAAGGUGUGUAUUGUACAGAAGAGAGACACCAAGAAAAUGUAUGCCAUGAAAUACAUGAAUAAACAGAAGUGCAUUGAGAGAGAUGAAGUUCGAAAUGUUUUCCGGGAGCUACAGAUAAUGCAAGGCCUGGAACAUCCCUUCCUAGUCAAUCUAUGGUAUUCUUUUCAAGAUGAAGAAGACAUGUUUAUGGUGGUUGAUCUCUUACUCGGAGGUGACCUGCGUUACCAUUUGCAGCAGAAUGUCCACUUUAAUGAAGGAACUGUUAAGCUGUACAUUUGUGAGCUGGCGCUUUCCUUGGAUUAUUUGCAGAGAUACCACAUCAUUCACAGGGACAUCAAACCUGACAACAUACUAUUGGAUGAACAUGGACAUGUUCACAUCACUGACUUUAACAUAGCAACCAUAGUGAAAGGCUCAGAAAAAGCUUCUUCUAUGGCUGGCACAAAACCCUAUAUGGCUCCAGAAGUGUUCCAGGCUUUUAUGGAUGGAGGUCCAGGAUACUCAUACCCAGUAGACUGGUGGUCACUAGGAAUUACAGCAUAUGAAUUACUGAGGGGUUGGAGGCCCUAUGAAAUUCACUCAGCCACCCCCAUUGAUGAGAUACUCAACAUGUUCAAGAUAGAAAGAGUUCACUACUCAUCUGCAUGGUGCAAGGGCAUGAUAGCUCUACUGAAAAAGCUCCUCACUAAGGACCCAGAGUGCCGUCUUUCAAGCCUUGCAGACAUCCAAAACUCUCCAUACCUAGCUGAUGUGAACUGGGAUGCUGUUCUAGAGAAAGCUGUGACUCCAGGCUUUGUUCCUAAUAAAGGAAGACUGAAUUGUGAUCCCACAUUUGAACUUGAAGAAAUGAUUUUAGAGUCCAAGCCUCUCCAUAAAAAGAAAAAGCGACUUGCCAAAAACAAAUCCAAAGAUGGAGCUAAGGAAACCUGCCCACUGAAUGUACACCUGCAGCAGUGCUUGGAAACCGUUAGAAAAGAAUUCAUCAUAUUCAACAGAGAGAAAUUAAGAAGACAGCAGGACCAAGGUGGACAGACUUCCAGCAUUGACAGCAGAGCAUCCCUUCAGAGCCACGAGAAACUCCAAGAUGGACGAAACAACAAUUUGCUGGGACACGGCUGUACAAGAGGCUGCAGCAGCUAGUGAGCUACAGCCCUGUGGAGCACACACACUUCCACACGGGCAGGGUGAGGAAAGGUCCUCUCUGUGCAUUCCUUCUUCACUGCAUGGAUCCUGGAGUGUCUGACCCCUCCACAAACAGGAUCCCCAGCCAAGGACAAACUCACAGAGCACAGCGGCUGAGAUUUUCCACAUACAACUCUGCUCUUCUUUUGACUCUGCCACUGGAAAAAAUGACCAUCAGCAACAAAAUACAGUUUUUUUAAGUAAGCGUGACUUUCGUUUUCAAAAUCCUGGAAGAAAACUUGAAACAAUUCAUUGGGCAGCCUCUCAAAGAUUGCCACAUUCCUGGCUACUUGCAAGACACAACCUUGUACUGGGGCCAGAUGUAUCUUGAAGGCUUUACAUUACCCCCUCUCUCUCUCCAUUAAUUAAAAUGGUCCAGCUUGGAAUUUUGUGAAACUGCUGGAAACAGCUGUUUCUGAGCACCUGCUGUUGAGUUUAUAACAGAUGUACAUGAUGUAAAUACAUGAAUGUAGUGUCAAAUAGGCCAAAUAUAGGCUUAUUUCAUUCAAAUUCCUGAAACUCAUUGAAAAAGUUGCAGCCUGAGUGUAUUCACACUGUUCUUUAACAUCAUGUGUUCUGCUUUGUAGUAAAAGAUGUCAAAAACUGACCAAGUUUAAGUUUUGAUAGUGACUUUAGUGGAUGCAGGAUCAGACACAUUCGUUAUGUAUGGUAACAUGGCAUAGGAAGACCUUUCUUUUUGUAACAAUAGGCUCAAUGAGCCAGAGUUGAAAAACAGCAUAGUAAGGAAAGCUAAAAACGGGAAUUUGCUCAGAUCCAUAGUUAGGUGUUAUAAAAUGUGAAAAACUUACGUCUGUCUCUGUUUUUAGGUCUAUUCUUGAUGAGAACUAUCUUGAAUAGAAAGAAACAUACUUUAGUAAAAAUGUUGCUGACAUGAAAUCUCUUCUUUUUUUUUUUUUUUUUAAAUCAGCACCCACAAUUCCAAACAUUUGUGGUAUUUUACAAAUUGUACAUCCACAUUUUGAUAAUAAAUGCAUGCUAAUUCUGUCCUAUUGUGCUUUUAUUUUGAAGAGUUACCAUCUGUAAGCAAAUUUCAUUUCAACCUUUUAAAAAAAUAAGUUAGGCUUUUGGAAGUGAAAAACAUUUUAUUUGUAAUAAUCUAUUUUUACCGUAUUGUUUCCAUUCUAUAUUUUACAGAACAAAGUGCUUUGUAAUUGAAUCUAUUUUAAAAUUUUGUUCCGCAUUAUAUGUAAUUCUGGUCACAAUUUUUUCACAAAUACAGAUUUUUAUCACUCCAUGAAAUGAUAUAGUGUUCCUAUUAACAACAAGCAGUUUACAAAGGUACUAAGAUAAAGAUUUUGCAUCUGUCACAAGCAUGGUGUUGGUCUACUUGUUUAAUUUGAGCACAGACUGAAUUAAUCAUAAGACCAAGCAAAGGAGCAGAAUUUCUCUGGCCAUAAGAGGAACAGAUUUCAUUGCCUAGAAUAAACUGUUUCAUGUCCA